CAGCGUGUGUACACGUUCUACCGCCGUCUCUAUCUUCUAAUCCACGUCACCUGUGUAAUGCUGAAGCAGGCCGAUUCUGUAUGUCCAUGAUACGGAACGAAUAAUAAAGUCGAGUUGGUGUAAAAUCGGAACUGGAGCAGAUUUAUAGAAAUUAUUCGGUGGACAUUUAGCGAGACGAGAGAGUCACGGGAGCUGCUGCCUGAGGCCUUGAAGAAGGAGGAUCCCGAUGGGUCUUUUCGACAAGCUGGCCGGCUGGCUGGGCCUGAAGAAGAAAGAGGUCAACGUGCUCUGUUUGGGUCUGGACAACAGUGGCAAAACGACCAUCAUCAACCAGCUGAAGCCCUCCAAUGCCCAGACACAAGACAUAGUUCCCACUAUAGGAUUCAGCAUAGAGAAGUUUAAGACCUCAAGUCUGUCCUUCACAGUUUUUGACAUGUCUGGCCAAGGCAGAUACAGGAAUCUGUGGGAGCAUUACUACAAGGAGGGUCAGGCUAUCAUAUUUGUCAUUGACAGUGGAGACAAGCUGAGAAUGGUGGUUGCUAAAGAAGAACUCGACACACUUCUGAAUCAUCCAGACAUCAAACACCGGAGAAUUCCUAUUCUGUUCUUUGCAAACAAGAUGGACCUGCGAGAUGCGCUGUCCUCCGUGAAGGUUUCCCAGCUGCUCUGUCUGGAGAAUAUCAAAGACAAGCCAUGGCACAUAUGUGCUAGUGAUGCUUUGAAAGGAGAAGGCUUGCAAGAGGGAGUGGACUGGCUUCAAGAUCAGAUCAAAACAAUGAAAACAUGAGAGGUUGACGACACAGGAGCUGUGUUGGUCCGACAAGCUAAUCAACAACAGAGGCCCCUUCCACUGGUCUAAAGCUGUGCUCAGAAGUUGUUUGAUUGGUUUGACCUUCGACCCUGUGAGCCUUGACCAAUGGUCUGCUGUAGUGGCCACCCUGAAAAGGAGCCAAGCGAAAGUCCUUUGUCAUGUUUCUUAAAGAGAUGCUGACUUGUCCUUUCCUGGCUGUGGGUGACAGUUGAUGUAUGUUUAGGCUACAAAAUCUAGCUGCUGUACUGAUGUAUUUUUUACACUUCUGGAGAUUGUUUUGGACAUCUAAAUUAGUGUGAAAAAUGUCAAAUAAAAUCUUUUUAA